CUCAGUGAUCCUUCACCUCAUUCUUUCCGAAGCCCCUCCACUCGCUGCAGGAACCCCCCCAUCGGCAAGGACCAUGACGAACUCCCUGCUCAGGUCACUGGCAGCCCUGCUGUGUGUGCUGAGUGUCUGCGCCGAUGUGACGCCCGCGGCUGACUUUGACGUGACUCGGGUCAAUGGGAGGUGGUAUCUGGUUGGUUUCGCCACCAACGCUCCAUGGUUUGUGAACAACAAGGCCGGCAUGAAGACGGGCAUCGCCGUGAUGGUCCCCACUGCGGAGGCAGAUCUGCAGGUCGCCCACACCCAUUUGAAUGCCGAUGGAAGCUGCUGGAGAAUGUCUCAUGUGGCGAGUAAAACCGCGACUCCUGGAAAAUUCUUCUUCCACAGCGAAGCCUGGGGCAACGACAACGACAUGAUCUUCACCGACGUCCAGUACGCCGAGCACGCGGUGGUCUACAACGUCAAGACCAAGGACGGAGUAUCGGAGGUCCUGAACAAGCUCUUCAGCCGAACACCCGAGGUGGGUGCAGCGGUGACCCAGAGAUUCCAUCAAUUCUCCCUGGAUCAGGGCGUUCUGGCCGACAACAUCGUCAUGCUGCCCCCUAACGGCGAAUGCCCUGAAGCCUAAAGGACUGCCCGAAAUCCGACACACUGCUCCUGCUGUAGAAGUCCGAAACCGUUUCAGCUCAGAGCGCUCUCUCCGUGGAGCGGUACCACUAGGAGACUGCGCUCCCCGCUCAUGAGCAUAUCAACGAGCAAUCACUCACUCAUAGCCUUUGUCUCUUGGCUUAUUUUGCUGUAGCAUGAUGGUUGACAAAGGGUUUGAUAAAGAGAUUUUAGAAAGAUGUAUGAUUCUUAAACGGGGGCUGGGACUCCCACAAAGAACACACUCCCCAUACAAGCGUCAUGAACCAUUUUUAUUCGACUAUCUUUUUACUGUUUGCUUAAUUUUGCUUUGGUUAAAUAAAGGCCUUUUAAUUACAAAGUUGUUUUUCUGUAUUAUAAA